GUUGCUUCCUGAUUAUAGGGCUCCGGCUGAGGGGACGUUUUCUCUAAAGUGCAGGUGCCUGCCGUGUUCUCCGAGCUCAAGCACACGGCAAGCCCUCUUCUGAAGAAGAAUAAAGAAAAUAUUGUGAACAUAUUCCAAUGCAGGCACUGAAACAGCCAAAACAGCCGCUCUCUUCAGGUCUGGCAGCCGCCCGCGGGUCAUUAUCGAUCCCUCUCUUUCCCAAGCAAAUGUGUAUCCAAGGAGUUACAUUCAGAUCUAAACAAGAACUUUAAGAUUCGUUUAUAUUUUGGAAGCCGUAACCUCGUGGCUUAUGUAACCCUACUGUCACGGCUACUAUGGGAUUUGCUAGCAAAUGUUUGAAGUUAUAGCUGUCUCCUUUUGCACUGCAAUAGUCUGGGCUUGGACCGCGCAUAUGUUUUGCCUGCAUUAUUUAUCCUGAUGACGUUUGGGAUGGUCAAUCCGCACAUGUACUACUUAAACAAAGUGAUGUCAUCUCUGUUUGUGGACACUGCCCUCCCUGACGAUGAAAGGAGCAGUUUCAGGUCCAUCCGAACCAUCACUGACUUCUGGAAGUUCAUGGAAGGGCCCCUCCUGGAAGGCCUGUACUGGGACUCGUGGUACAACAACCAGCAGCUGUACAGCGUGAGGAACAGCAGCCGCAUCUACUACGAGAACAUCCUUCUCGGGGUCCCCAGGGUGCGGCAGCUGCGGGUCCGCAACAACACCUGCAGGAUCUACUCCGCCUUCCAGCCGCUGAUCCACGACUGUUAUGGCAAAUACACGACUGAAAACGAAGACCUGUCUGAUUUCGGCCUCAAAAAAAGUAAGGAGUGGAAAUACUCAUCGCCUCCUGCCAACGCUCCCUGGCACUGGGGAUUUGUUGGUGUGUACCGAGAUGGAGGGUAUAUAUUCACAUUAUCAAAGUCAAAAUCUAAGGCCAAAACCAAACUCGCUGACCUUCGACUCAACAGCUGGAUCACCAGAGGGACCAGAGUUGUUUUUAUUGAUUUUUCCUUGUACAACGCUAACAUCAAUCUAUUCUGCAUCGUCAGGCUGGUAGCGGAGUUCCCUGCGACGGGCGGGCUCCUCACCUCGUGGCAGUUCUACUCUGUGAAGCUCCUCAGAUACGUUACCCACUACGAUUACUUCAUCGCGUCCUGUGAAAUCAUAUUCUGCGUUUUCCUUUUUGUGUUCAUAACACAAGAGCUGAGAAAGAUGAAUGAGUUUAAGUCCGCCUAUUUCAAAAGCGUCUGGAACUGGCUGGAGCUCCUGCUUUUGGCGCUGUGCUUUCUGGCUGUCUCUUUCUAUGCAUAUUGUAACAUGCAGAAUUUUCUCUUACUUGGACGGCUGUUGAAAAACACUGAAAGCUACCCGAACUUCUAUUUCCUAGCGUACUGGCACAUCUACUAUAACAAUAUAAUCGCUAUUACUAUCUUCUUUGCAUGGAUAAAGAUAUUCAAGUUCAUCAGCUUCAACGAGACAAUGUCUCAGCUGUCGUCCACCCUGUCCCGCUGCAUGAAGGACAUAGUGGGGUUCGCCAUCAUGUUCUUCAUCAUAUUCUCUGCGUACGCCCAGCUGGGGUUCCUGGUGUUUGGGUCACAGGUUGACGACUUCUCCACUUUUCAGAAUUCCAUAUUCGCACAGUUUCGGAUUGUCCUGGGAGACUUCAACUUCGCUGGCAUCCAGCAGGCCAACUGGAUCCUGGGCCCCAUCUAUUUCAUCACUUUCAUCUUUUUCGUGUUCUUCGUGCUGCUGAACAUGUUCUUGGCCAUAAUUAACGACACCUAUUCUGAAGUGAAGGCUGACUAUUCAAUCGGCAGAAGACCUGACUUUGAACUUGGUAAAAUAAUUAAGAAGAGUUACUUUAACGUUCUCGAGAAACUCAGACUGAAGAAAGCUCAAGACAACGAAGACAAGAAAAUUAGGAAAACCCCCGGAGAUUUGACCCAGCAAGCCAGAAAAGAAGGCUUUAAUGAAAGUGAGAUCCACGAAGCGGAGCAGAUGAGAGCGUGGAAGGAGAGGCUUGAGAAAAAGUAUUACUCCACUGAAAUUCAAGACGACUACCAGCCUGUCACUCAGCAAGAAUUUCGAGAGCUCUUCCUGUAUGCUGUGGAGCUGGAGAAGGAAUUACACUACAUCAGUUUAAAACUAAACCAAAUGAUGAGAAAACUGCAGUAACAACACUGGAGAUGGAUCUGCAGUAAACAAUGGAGGAAUCUGCGGUAAUGUGGGACAGCCUUCCUUCCCUACUGAACCACCACCGAGUGCAAGGGGAUUAAUUAUUCUGAGUGCCUGACCGUGAACUCGAGUGCCAGCCAAGUACACAUGGUGAACCUCCAAGGAACACAGCCGAGUUUACGAUGCCAGUGCUCAGGGAACAUACUUUAUAUGGAUUUUGAAGAGUCCUGUUUGCUGAUAAGAACUUCAAGAAGUCUGAGCUUGGCUUUAAUUUUCUUGUACUCCUUGUACUCCUCAAGCACUGGGACACGAUCCUCUUUCUGGGCAUUCCUAGGGAAGAUAAAAAUCUAACUCGAAAGUUGUCCUUAUGUGGAGCAUAAUAUCACAAAUUUACGCUGAAAUAAAAACAGCUGUGCAGGGCAUAAGUCACACAAAGAACAUUCUACAAAGAGUGUUUUGAUGGAUCCUCUAGUAACUGCUUAAACAACUUCCUAUACACUCAUCAGCAGACUGUAGGCACUAGAAGGCUCCCAUGCGUCAUCUUACACUCCAUGAGUGAGCACUUCAGCAUCAACCACCAAUUAUAAUUUGCUUUCUUUCAACAUAAAAAAGGUGCAUGGGAAAUGCGUUUAUAGCACUUAGUUUUCUUAUACAUGUGUGUGCAUGAGAGAAGCCCAGAGGUAACCCUUGAUUUUGUUAUUCGUUGUUUUUACUCUUUCAUUCAUCACGAAGCCAAGCUCCCAAAUAAAUCACACAUUGAAGCUUAUUACUUAUAUAUGUCCAGCCUUAG